AUGGCACAAGAAUACAAGUUGAAGUCGGUCACGUCUCUGGACCUCAAGCCUGGAGACAAGCAAGAAGUCGAGGUCGAAGGUCUGCUAGAUGCAAAGGUGCUCCUGGUCAAUGCCGCCGGUAAGAUCCAAGCCAUUGGACCAAAGUGCACACACUACGGCGCCCCGCUCGUCAAGGGCGUUCUGACCACCAGCGGCCGCAUCACCUGCCCUUGGCACGGUGCCUGCUUCAGCGCCACGACGGGAGAUGUCGAGGACGCGCCGGCAUUGGAUGCCCUACCUGUGUUCAAGGUGGUCGAGCGUGACGGAGCCGUCUACGUGACGGGCGACGAGGCCACAAUCAAGGCGGGCCGCCGUAAGCCCAAGUUCCAGUGCAGCAGCGUGCAGAAGGGUGACGACAAAAAGGUCGUCGUCGUCGGUGGUGGAUCUGGCUGCAUCGGUCUGGUCGAGGAGCUGCGGGAGCGGGGUUUUACGGGACCCAUCACGGUCAUCUCCAACGAGGGCAACCUCCCGAUCGACCGGACCAAGCUGUCCAAGGCUCUCUUGACGGACCUGGCCAAGUUGCAGUGGCGCGAUGACGAAUUCUACAAGUCGGGUGCCGUCGAGUUUGUACAGGAUGAGGUGACGGGCGUGGACUUCCACGGCAAGUCGGUCGAGACCAAGAGCAAGCAAACGAUAUCCUACGGUAAGCUGGUGCUCGCUACGGGAGGCACACCCCGAAACCUCCCGCUCGAAGGGUUCAAGACGCUCGACAACAUCUUCACGCUGCGCAACGUGCACGACGCCAAGAACAUAGUCUCUGCCAUUGGGGAGUCCAAGGGCAAGAAGAUUGUCGUCGUCGGCUCUUCGUUCAUCGGCAUGGAGGUUGCCAACGCCACGGCCAAGGACAACAGCGUCACCGUCGUCGGCAUGGAAAAGGUCCCGCUCGAGCGCGUCCUCGGCGAAAAGGUCGGCAGCGCGGCUCAGAAGGGUCUCGAGAAGAGCGGGGUCAAGUUCUACAUGGAGGCGGGCGUGGAAAAGGCCACUCCUCACGCAUCGGACCCGUCAAAGGUUGGGGCGGUUCUGCUCAAGAGUGGCGAGUCCCUACCGGCCGAUAUUGUCAUCCUCGGAGUCGGCGUCGCACCGGCCACCGAGUUCCUCCGCGGCAACGCGGGCGUGCAGCUCCUGCAGGACGGCUCCCUCGAGGUCGACUCGGCGUUUGCCGUCACGGGCGUCAAGGACGUGUACGCUCUCGGCGACAUCGCGACGUUCCCUUAUCACGGGCCGGGGGCGGGCGGCAAGGGCGUGCGCAUCGAGCACUGGAACGUGGCUCAAAAGUCCGGGCGGGAGGCGGCCAAGCACAUAGUCGACCCGGCCGGCUUCAAGGCCGAGUUCUUCACACCCAUCUUCUGGUCGGCGCUGUCUGCGCAGCUGCGGUACUGCGGCAACACAAUGGCCAGUGGGUGGGACGACGUCGUGAUCCAGGGCAGCCUGGACGAGGGCAAGUGGUCGGCAUUCUACGUCAAGGGCGACGAGGUGGUUGCAGUAGCCACCAUGGGUGCCGACCCAGUGAUGGUGCAGAGCGCAGAGCUGAUGAGACGUGGUAAGAUGCCCAAGAAGAGCGAGCUCGAGAAGGGCAUGGAUGUCAUGAGCCUAGGCGCACCGGAGUGA